AUGUCGCGAGAACAAAGCUUAGCACCAUUAACAGCGAAUCCAUUGAGAGAGCCUGAUCUUUCGCUAGAACCUGAACCAUUCGAUGAUCCGGCCAAUUACAAUCCGGAGACCCCAAUUGCAAUUGAUUUUGGCUCCAGCCAAGUGAGAGCUGGGUUCGGAGACCAGAAAAACCCUAGUCACAUUUUUGACAACCGGAUUGCAAGAUGGAGAGACCGUAGACGAAACAAAAACCUAACAUUUAUUGGAAACGAUACUAAUCUGGAUUUAAGCGUAAGAUUGCAAGCGAAGAGCCCGUACGACGGUGCAAUUGUGUCGAACUGGGACUACACGGAGGAGAUUUUGGAAUACACGUUCCAUCAUCUGGGUGUGAACGGAGAAGAUGGGGUUCCAAAUCCUAUUUUAAUGACAGAAAACCUUGCGACACUGCAAUCUCAGCGACAGAAUUUCUAUCAAUUGCUUUUCGAGUGCUUUGGAUCGUCCCAGGUCACUUUUGGACUAGAUAGUCUUUUCUCAUUUUACGCAAAUAACGAUCCAUCAGCUUCAGGUUUGGUCAUUAGUAGCGGUAACGAGGAUACGCAUGUAAUACCGGUUGUGGAAGGUAAAGGCGUACUUUCCGAAGCUAAGCGAAUAAAUUGGGGCGGUCGUCAGGCGGCAGAUUAUUUGUCGAAUAUGCUGGCUAUGAAGUACCCAUAUUUUCCUAUCAAACCGACCACUUCUCAGUUCGAAGUACUUUAUCGCGACUAUUGCUACGUUUCGGAGGACUACCAAGCUGACAUUCAAACAAUUCUCACGAUGGAGGAACUUGAGACGAAGAAUAUCGUCGUUGAGGCUCCAUUUUCAGAGUUAGUUCAGCCCGAGAAGAGUGAGGAAGAGAUUCGUCUUCAAGCGGAAAAACGAAGAGAAACUGGUAAGAGACUUCAAGAGCAAGCUCGUCAACGACGCGUCGAGAAAUUGGCUCAAAAAGAAGAAGAAUAUGAAUAUUAUACACAGCUACAAGAGCAAAUGAAGGAUCAGCCCAAAAAAGCCGUCCUAUCAAGUUUGCAAAGUGCUGGGUUCGAUGAUGAGCAAGACUUCAGGAAAUACGUUAGUGGGCUAGAAAAGACCUUGAAGAAAGCUCAGGUCAUCGAUAAUGGCAAUGAAGACAAUGAGAACGAGACGGAUAAAUUUGACCUUGUUGAAAUUCCAGAUGAGCAACUCAACGAAGAUCAGAUACGAGAAAAGAGAAAACAAAGACUCAUGAAAGCUAAUCUGGACGCUAGGAUCAAGGCUAAGGAGGAAAGAAUAAGGAAAGAAAUGGAAGAGGAAGAAGCGAGACUUAAGGACGAAAGUUGGCGGAAAGAUGACCUUUCUGGCUGGGUAAAAAACAAACGAAGCAAACUCAAUGCCUUAUUGAAGUCAAGAAAAGACAAGUUGAAAAUAAAGUCAGACAUGAAGGACAGAAAGUCUCAUGCUGCGCAGAAACGGAUGAAGAACAUUGCCACACUUGCUGAAGAAAAUUCCCGCGGUGGUACAAAAAGAUCACGUCAACCAGCUACGGUCGACAAUGAUCCCAAUGAUACUUUUGGUGCAAAUGAUGAGGACUGGCUGGUUUACAAUGAUAUCACUUCGAGUGCUGAAGCGCUCGAUCAGUCUAUUGAAGAGGAGUAUAACGUCAUAAUUGAGCUAGAGAGACUUCUCUUGGAGUACGAUCCCAACUUUACUGAAGAGGAUACUCUCGAUGCACAAUAUGACUGGCGUAAUUCCACUUUGCAUUUAUUUUUGAGAGGACCAAGGCCACAUAACAGCGAAAAUAUCAAUGAGCAACAUCAGAUGCACCUCAAUGUUGAGCGAAUGAGGGUCCCUGAGGUUAUCUUUCAACCGUCAAUGGGAGGUUUGGACCAAGCUGGAAUAACAGAGAUAGGAGAAACGAUACUUUUGAACAAGUUUGGUUCGAGCAGGCGAUCAUUGAGCGAAGUAAGCAGGCGGCUAGCCAUGAAUAUCUUUCUGACUGGAGGAAAUGUCAAAGUGCCGGGGACAAGAGAGAGAGUAGUUCGCGAGUUCACCGGAUUUCUUCCGAUUGGUACUGACUUAAAUGUCACACUUGCCGAAGAUCCGUCGGUAGAUGCCUGGAAAGGUAUGGUAAAACUUUCCCGGUCAGAGACUUACAAAGACACCUUCGUAACAAGACAUGAAUACGAAGAAUACGGCGCGGACUACAUAAAAGAGCAUAGAUUAGGUAACGCUACGUACCUGUGA